UUUUAAUAUCUUUUUUGUUUUUUCUCUCUGUACAAAACCCUAAUUUGGUUCUCAUCCUAUUCUCACACUCAAUCUCGGCUAUACUCUGCUCUCGGAAGAACGCUCUCUCACGCUUCACACUCUUCACACUCUUCAGAUCUGAGAUCGGAGCGGAACGUUUUUUCCGUGAAGCCAUGGCUCUGAUUUUUCAUGCUGGGAAGAAAAAUAAAAAUUCUUACAAGACACUCAUCGCUGCGGAGUACAGUGGUGUGAAAGUUGAACUGGCCCCAAAUUUUGAGAUGGGUGUCAGUAACAAAACUCCUGAGUUUCUCAAGAUGAACCCUAUUGGGAAGAUUCCUGUGUUGGAAACUCCUGAUGGUCCCAUCUUUGAGAGCAAUGCUAUAGCACGUUAUGUUACUCGUCUGAAGGCUGACAAUCCUCUCUAUGGUUCUUCUCUUAUUGAUUAUGCCCACAUUGAGCAGUGGAUUGAUUUUGCAUCACUGGAAAUCGAUGCUCAUCUUCUGUCAUGGUAUAGACCAAGAAUGGGACGUGCAGUAUACCUUCCUCCGGCUGAGGAACAAGCUAUUACUUCAUUGAAGCGAGCGCUUGAUGCUUUAAAUGCUCAUCUUGCUUCAAACACUUUCCUGGUUGGGCAUUCCGUGACCCUGGCUGACAUUAUUACAACUUGCAAUUUAUAUAUGGGCUUCACCCACCUCAUGACUCAGAGCUUUACAUCUGAGUUCCCUCAUGUGGAAAGAUACUUCUGGACCAUGGUGAAUCAACCAAAUUUCAAGAAGAUUCUGGGAGAGGUGAAACAGGCUGAGUCUGUCAUUCCUAUCGCAAAGAAGCCAUCUCAGCCAAAAGAAUCUGCAAAACCAAAACCAAAGCCUAAGGAUGAACCCAAAAAAGAAGCCAAAAAGGAGGAGCCAGCGAAGCCCAAACCAGAAGCUGGUGAGGAAGAGGAGGCUCCAAAGCCCAAACCUAAGAAUCCUCUUGAUAUGCUUCCCCCAAGUAAGAUGGUACUGGAUGACUGGAAGAGGCUGUACUCAAACACUAAGACCAACUUCCGUGAGGUUGCUAUUAAAGGGUUUUGGGACAUGUACGAUCCUGAGGGAUACUCUCUCUGGUUCUGUGAUUACAAGUACAAUGAUGAGAAUACUGUUUCCUUUGUAACACUAAACAAGGUCGGUGGAUUUCUUCAGAGAAUGGAUCUAGCACGCAAAUAUGCUUUUGGAAAGAUGCUUGUGAUCGGUUCAGAGCCACCAUUCAAGGUGAAGGGGCUGUGGCUUUUCCGUGGGCAAGAGAUACCACAAUUUGUGCUUGAUGAGUGCUAUGACAUGGAGCUAUAUGAGUGGAAGAAGGUUGAUAUCACAGAUGAAGAGCAAAAGGAACGCGUGAGUCAGAUGAUUGAAGAUUACGAACCUUUCGAGGGCCAGCCUCUUUUGGACGCCAAGUGCUUCAAGUGAAUGACCCCAAUUAGUCCCUGGAUUAAAAGUUGUAUUUUUGUGUGUGAUUUUGCUGCUAGAGUUUUUAUUGACGAUUUCCUAAACAGACUAAGUUUAGUCUUUUUGUGUUUGAGUGGAGGUCUAGUAUAAUUUAUAAGCUUGUUUCUACUGUUUCAAAAUUUUUAUAUUCUAUAUGAUAGAAUCUUUUGUGUUA